AUGCUCGACAAGCCAGACAUCAAAAGCGACAGGGCCUCCGAGAAGGAGGGCGAGGCCGCGAUCGUCGAUGGGGCUUUUGUCCUCAAUGACGAAGCCGCUCGUAUCAGAGAUGAAUACCUGAUGAUGACCCCAGAUGAGGCGCAGGCGGUGGAAAAAAGGCUUAAGCUCAAACUCGACCUUAGACUCUUCCCCUCGCUCAUGAUCAUGUACAUUCUGAACUACAUUGACAGGAAUGCUCUGCCAAUCGCGAAACUGGCUGGCAUUUCCCAGGAGCUCGGCCUCUCCUCUGUUCAGUUUGGAACAUCCAUUUCCAUCUUGUUUGUCGGGUACCUGCUCGUGCAAGUGCCAAGCAACCUCUUCUUGUCCAAGCUUCGCCCAUCUCUGUAUCUGCCAUUUGCCAUGGCUGUCUGGGGAGUUGUAUCAGGAGUCACAGCAGCCGUUCAAAACUACGAAGGGCUACUCGCCGUUCGCUUUGUUCUUGGCUUUUGUGAGGCACCAUUCUUCCCUGGCGCCGUCUUUCUGUGCUCUUCCUGGUAUAAGCCCAAUGAACUUAGUCUGAGAGUGGCCCUACUUUUCGGUGGUAGCAUGUUGUCAGGUUCAUUUGGUGGGUUGGUGGCCAUUGGCAUUACUGAGGAAAUGGCUGAUGUGGCUGGAAUAUCGUCUUGGCGAUGGUUGUUCAUAAUCGAGGGCUCAUUGACAAUCGUGUUCGCCUUCAUAUUUGUAUUUGUGCUUCCAAACUAUCCGCACAACACACGGCAAGUGGACAAGGCUUGA